GGCUCUGAUUCUGUGCAUGGCGGAGUUGUGAAGGGGCUUUGUGGUGCCGCUGGCGGAGAUCGAGAGAUGGUUGAACCGACUCUUGUGAUCGCCAGGGCUCAAUUUGUCCCUGUUGUAGCCAUCGCCCUUUUGCGUCUCUGACGACGCGCUUGGCGAGAUCUUUAGCCUGCUAUUCUGUUUGCGGAAUUCGGUUAAGUUUCGAAGAAGUUGUGUGAAUCCAAAGGGAGGCGAAGCGGCUUUGACACGGAACAAACGAAACGAGUCCUGGUCCUUUCCCUGCCGGUCGGAGUUUCAGAGUCGAUCGGUUAGUUUUAUUUUACUUGGGGGAUUGAGCACUUCUUCUAGAUAUUCUGUACAUGAUCACGUCAGAAUUUGAGUUAGUGUUGAGCGCUGUGUUGAUCUGGGAAAGGGGAAAGAAUUAGCGAAAUUUCGCAGAUCUUCGGUGGAUUUUUUAAACCAAGCUGAGAAGCGCGUAGGUUAUUCAGUUUGUUGCCGUUGAUUUUCUUUCGUUUCGGCGGAGGCUCGUUCGUUGAGUCGGCGCGGAUAAACUUGUGAAAGGAUUGUGCACUCUUUCGAUAGGUGGGAUUGGUUUGCAAGGACGGCUCAAGUUUCCAUUCGAAGCGUUAGGGGAACACGUGAUUGUGCAGUGCGACGGUUUCGUUUACUGAACUCAAUUGUAUCUGUUAGUUUCUAUCUGUCCCUAUUGGGUCGAAUUUGAGGUGAUUUUUAGUAUCUCAUACUUUCGUCAUUACGGUGAAGCGCCUCAAAACGCGCUCUUCAAUAUAUUGUUACACUGGAUUCAGUGCUUCAGUCUUGGAUAUUUGCGGAAUUUAUUGAGGAUUAGUUCCUGUUGUAGUUAAGAAGGUACACGCCUUCAUUUUAUUGACGUCGCAGUACUUCGCGUGGUGUAUCCUCCCUGGAAAUUGUGCAUUUUUGCACGUCAGUUUAGGAUUUCGUUUUCUUCGGCGAAUUUUAAGGCUGAAGAAGCGAUUGUUUCACACCAAUAAAGUGGUGUAAAUUCGAGGGAAAAAAAAACAGAAGAAAAAAACAAAGAAAACAAAAAAGAGAGUAUAAAAUUCUACAGCAGCUUCAACUUCGCUUUUUCACCACACCGCAGCUCUGAACUGAGAUUUUAAGCAUUUCAGCUCCUGGAAAUAGAUGUGCAGCAGGUGGAUGAGAGAAGUUCUCGACGUAUCAACUCUUAGUUGCAGUGGUGGGCAAUUGAAACCUUAGAGAAUUGCUUUGAGAACCUGGCAUCAUUUUAGGUCGUACCAAUCACAGAUUUGGAUAUAUUAUUAGAGGGUCGCGAGAAGACCAGCUGUUAGUACACACAGGGGUUGUGAAAGCGCAGCUUUAUAGAGAAGAGGAGAAGAUGAGGGAGGAAAUGGCCUCUCGGCAGUCGAGCUCGACAGUGAAGCAGGAUUUAGCUAAGCUAAACACGGAUGGUGACACCCGGAGUAUUGCGCUGAAGUCCCUGAAGCUAUUUGUGGAGCAGCUGAACGCAUCCACCUUGCCUCGGUUCAUAUCUCAGUGUUUCGGAAUCAUACUCUGUCGUCAAAUUUGACUCGGUUCUUUCAGCGAAGAUGCAUCUAUUCUCAUCCAGUCUUACUGGUCAACACAGAUUGCAGAAUCACGGGAACCCGCAGGAACGCGAUCUUACACCAUUUCCUUGUAUGAGGAGGUCGCAAGGGUGCACGGCAAGCUGGUUAUACCUCAUAUUUCUAAGAUAAUGUCCGCUUUGGUUAAAUUCUCGUCUGCAAGUGGAAGCUUUCCUCAACUGCAACUUGCUUGUGCAAGAGUUACAGCUGCCAUCGCUCGGUAUAGCAUCGACUCUGACACCUUCCAAGAGGACGCGGAGAAGAUAAUACAGGAGAUUUGUGGUCCGCUGACUGAUGCUCUUGCAGCGAAGUUGGAGCCUGUGGCAGCCAGUGCAGCUGCUUGCAUUCAUGCAGUCGUUGAAACUGAACUAUGGAAGUACGCACAAGAUGAGAUUGUUCACGAAGUGUGUCAUCGAACAGCGGCAGCGUUAAAUGAAAAAUCAACUCGAACGGUAGCCCACAUGCAGCUAGUAUACGUUUUAGCAUCAACAAACCCUGACGCUCUUAGCAUCCAUGGAGCAAGCUUGUUGAGGGCCGGUGAGGACACUUUGAAGGAGACGGCGAAUUCAUGGCAACUUCGCAAGAGCGCUGCCAAGCUGCUCCAGUCGGUGCUCACAAUCCUUGAUAAGGAGUCACUCGAAACGGAGCUCCACUCAGCAUUACAUGUCCUGGAAAGCUGCCGAAUCGACAAGAUGAUACACGUAAGGACAGCUGUUAGUGAGGCGCUCAACAUUGCAAAGAUGUUAUCAUCUGGAAACGAGACCGACAAAUCAUUGGGUGUGGCUGCAGAGCGUAAUGGUCCGAGUUCUUGGUUGAGCGAAGACACGACUCCUUUCUCUCCAGUGUCGACGCGGGGUACUAGUCCAAAGGCUUCAAUGGGUCCCAGGGCUUCAAGGGCUAUCUCUCCUUCUCUGGUUCCGAGGCGGGGCACAGUAAGUCCGAGAGCCUCGAUGAGUCCAAUUAGGGCGGGUACAAUCAGUCCAAGAGCCUCCAUGAGCCCAAUUAGGGCGGGUGCAAUCAGUCUAAGAGCCUCCAUGAGCCCAAUUAGGGCGGGUACAAUCAGUCCAAGAGCCUCCAUGAGCCCAAUUAGGGCGGGUACAAUCAGUCCAAGAGCCUCCAUGAGCCCAAUAAGGACGAGUGCAAUCAGUCCUAGAGCAUCUAUGAGCCCAAUUAGGGCGGGCACAAUUAGUCCAAUAGCCUACUUGAGUCCAAUUAGGGCGGGUAGAAGCAGUCCGAGGGCUGCCGGUCCGGGCCUGAGAGCUUCCAGCCCAAAUCUGAGGGCAGCAAGUCCAAAUUCUCAAGAAUCACGCCGUUUGUUUUAUUCAUCUGCUUCAACAUCAACUUCAGACUCUGUGCAGAUUCCAUCUGGCCGAAGCAAUGACAGGUCAAGGGCAAAACGAGCACCUCUUUACCCUCCCCGAGGCGUAAAUUACGCCCAUUCACCCCGAUCUACUGGCACUCCAGUCACAUCUCCUUCGAGCUCUACCACCACCAUCGAAGAGUGCGAGUCACCAUCACGUAGAUUGUUGAUUGCAAAUGAGAUUGUUCGGUCACGAAGUACGGGCAUUUAUCCAGACGAACACGCAACUAGGCGUGGCGGCAAGUAUUUGCGACCGCCGGCUCCUUUGAUCUCGGUUGCAUCUACUCCCCUCUUGCCCACUCAGCUUAAUGCACUAGGCGUUGAAUUUCAAGAUUCAAAAGAAGCUCAAGUUUCAAAAGACUUUGAGACUGAUUCAACCGAUUCAAAGGACGCCCAGCAGGAGAGCCCAAGCUUGCCUUGGUUAAAGCUGGAGGGCACGAACAGCUUGGAUCAAUAUUCCGGACUUGAGCUUGCAACCGAUGACAGAGCGCCAAUGUCAAGUGCUUUAAGCACUAGCAUGGAAACGAGACGGACUAAUGUGGGAUCUGCAAGAGAUGCUCCCAACGCGGAUGUUGAAGUGGAAAAGCGCGAGGUUUUCACAAAAGACGCACCUGUCCAUGCUCAAAGUUCUGCAGCAGCUGGAGCAGAGGUCGAUACUCUCAAAAAUUUAGCUCGUCUGAGCGCCAACUUGGAAGAGAAGACCAAGUCACUUUGCAUGGCAAAAGAUUUCAUCUCGUUCGUUCCACCCAUGCGGCUUGUGCGCUCUCUGUCGAGUCUCUCUGACCGUGAGUCGGGAGGAAGUUACUAUGAACAGGAUAUGAGGCUGUCUCAGGAUUACUUGUUCAGAUCUAACAACACAGAUGCAGCCGAAUUGGACGCCGAGACGUCAAGCGAGGCAGGAUGGAGCGUUCGUAACAACCCAAUUGCAUCUGAAGUGUCUUACAUAUCUGAUAGUUCUGACGAUGAGUUUGACGAGCGGCGUAAGGCAGAUGAUUUUCCCAGACUUCGCAAGGUAGCCUCUCUCGAUGCUACUCCUCGCGAGAUUCACAUGAUCUCACCGGAUCCUAAAGUGUCCUGGACAUUCGACGACGGAGCAACAUUGGACCUCGCUGACCGUGCUUGCAAUCCUGAAGAGGUCCACGACGCAUGUCAUGUACGUCCUCCAUGCGUUUUGACCGAAGCAAAUACUACACCGUGCAAACUGCUGGACCCAAUUCAAGCUAAGGACAUGGAUGGCGAGAAGCCGGCUGCGACAAACGGAUUAUGGGAUGUGGUUCACAAAGACAAUCAGUAUAACCACAACAUUUGUGAAGAUGCUACUAAAGAAUUGAACUGUAACAACGCUUCUCCCAUACGAUUGCAAAAUCAGGUGGAUCAAGGCGAAAGCGGAUGUUACACUGUUCGUACUGUGAAAAAACACUGGAAAAGAUUGUGUUGGUAUACGGAAGCAGUCUUGGGGGGAUCUCUCUGUGUAAUCCUUGCUCUUCCUCUGGCCAUGGUUGCUAGCAAAGCUCUUAGUGGGUCACUCGAUCUUCAGAGCCUUGUACCCACAUAGUCAGACAGCCAUGUAGUUCGUCACACUUUCACAUUUUUGUAUUGUACCGAGUUUGUUGUAGCGUAGUUGUCCACGUAACAAGGGGGUGUAAUAUCAGUUAAAUUAGCAGGUAUAUUUGUAGUGAAAAAGUCAACCGACUUACCGUGGAAUUAGAAAUGUGAUCAAUCUGGGAAGUUCGUUGGGGAUACAUCUAAGAUUUCUUGAGCAUAGGAUAUUAGUCGGCAGUUGUGCCAAAAUUGUAAAACAUUGUGCUAAAUGUAGUUUACUGUGCUUGUUUUCGUUAGGAAUUCCUUUGUAUACUCUGCACGUAUGAAUUUACCAAGUGGACAGUGGCAGACCCCAUUUCAAGGAG